UUCACUCGUGCGGUUUGGUGCCGUUAUUACGAAGCCCCUUGAUCUCCGUGCGCCACCAGGGUGCGGCUACGACUAGAAUUUUGUGUUUGUGCGUGUGUGUGUGUGUGUGUGUGUGUGUUCGCCAGGUUCACCGCCACGGUUUCGGUUCUUCUGGUUCUUCCCGGACCUGAGGCCUUUCGUUUCGUGUUUGUUCAGCUGAUUGAGUUUCGAUUAGAAUCGCAUCCGGUUCCGCGUACUCCACGUCCGUGACCGACCGGCUGGGCACCGUUUGCCAUUAUUUCCGCGCGCACCGUGGGGCUGGCCACGUGAUAACGGGCCAGCGGAUGUGUAAUGUGGUAAACGAUUUAGAACGGGGCGUGUGCGCGCAUUCGCGGUCGGUGUCAAAAUUACUUUCGAAUCAUUAAAAUCCGCUUCCGGGAUCCACCGAUCGAAUCGCCAGUGGAUCGCGGUCGUGGCCAAGUGAAACAGAGGAAAGUUAUUGAAAAGAGAUUGCACCCGCGGCAGCAGCAGCAGCAGCAGCAUCAUCGGCAUCAGGCAUGAAGAAUAACGCCACGAUGAACUACUUCACCGAGUCGUCGGACGACGAUGACGAGGAGACGGUCAUGAUCAAAAAGGUGCAGCAGGACAACAAACUGUGGGACUCGUUCCAGGAUCCACCGGUACCGCAAACAUCCGGUUCCGCCGCCAGCCAGGAGUAUCUGAUCACGUUCAUCAAAGGGCUCAAGGUGUUUACCUACAUCUUCGUGUUUCUCGUCACGCUGGCCAGUGCGUGCUUCUCGAAGAUGUCCUUCCUCAUGAUGGUGUCCAACAUCAGGGAGGGCACCAAGAACCGUUACUGUGACGUUCGACAACCGGACAAACAGUUUGAGGCGUACAUCCCACGUGAGCAGCGCGUGGCAUGGAUGUGGGCAAUCGUGUUCUCGUUCGCCGUCCCGGAAAUCGGUGCCUUCAUCCGGGCGGCUCGUAUUUGCUUCUUCAAAAACAUCCCCCGCCCUACCUGGGGACAGCUGCUGGUGGUCACCAUCAUGGAAACCUUCCACGUCAUCGGUCUGGCGAUACUGGCGUUCUUCGUCUUUCCCCAGCUCGACGUCGUUAAGGCGGCCAUGUUGACCAACUGCGUCUGUCUGGUGCCCGCACUGCUCGGUUUGGUGUCACGCUCAUCCAAAGAGUCGAAGCUUGCCUUCAAGUAUCUGUUCGAUCUGCUGGCGAUCAGUGCCCAGAUCACCGGGUACGUCGUGUGGCCGCUACUCAACAAUCGCUUCGAGCUGUGGUUCAUUCCGGUGUCCCUUUUCCUCGUGUCCUGUCACUGGUGGGAGAACUAUCUUUCACAGAAGAGCGUCUUCCGUCCCAUCGCUGCAAUGGCAGCCAUACGGGAAAAAUUAACGGAUUGUCGGUACCAGACGUACCUUCUGCUCGCUCCCUACAAGAUACUGCUUUUCCUCGCUUGUUGCAUAUAUCUCUCCGAGCAACCGGUUGGCGAGUUCUUUACGCUGUUCAGCAGUGGCUGGGGUAAUCAUACCAUCUCCGUUCGGGAGAUGGAGGCCGUACUGAACGAGAAAUUCCCGGACCUGUCGUCCAUCACGUCGGAUCUGGAAGUGCAGGAAAUAUUCCCGACCAGCAACGCCAUCCUGUGGAUCACCUUAACGCACAUACUGAGCUCCUAUCUGUGCUACAUCUUCAGCAAAUUUAGCUGCAAGAUUCAGAUCCAAAGCUUCUCGAUGGCAUUUCCGGUCAAUCUGGCAGUCCCGGUUAACAUUACGUUACUUUUCCUGCUCUCCGGGCUUCGGGAGGCCGACGUGUGUGCAUUCCAUGGCCUUUUGCCCGAUUACAUCUUCUUCCGCAUGCCACCAUUUUACUAUCUGUUCGAUUACGUCGUGAACGAGUUCAGUUGGCUGUGGUUGCUAUGGUUAGUGGCACAGCUAUGGAUCACACGUCACCUCUGGAUAGCCAAGUCGGAUAGAAAUGCUUCGACCGAGAAGCUGUUCGUUACGCCGAUGUACAACAGUUUGCUGAUCGAUCAGAGCGUGGCCAUGAACCGGCGGCGCGAAGAUCAGGAGGAUUUUGUUAAGAAAAUAGAUAUGGUUAAAGUGAAGGAUACAGAAAAGGCCAACGAAAUUGAUUCCAAAGCGAAGGAAGCUAGGAAUGACCGAAUCAAGCCGUACGAUCGCAUUCCUCAGAUUUUUAUCUGCGCAACGAUGUGGCACGAGACGAAGGAGGAGCUGAUGGAGUUUUUAAAAUCGCUGUUAAGGCUGGACGAGGACCAAUGUGCCCGCCGGAUGGCCAUGAAACACAUCCAGGCGAACAAGGAUGACAUAGAUCCAGACUACUACGAUCUUGAAACACACAUCUUCUUCGAUGAUGCGUUCGUGAACGAUAAAUCAAAGUGUGAAAGUGCCGACGCCUCUCCGCUCAACUCGUACGUAAAGGCACUGAUCAACAACAUCGAGGAGGCGGCGCUGGAAGUGUACAAAACGAAAAUACGCAUCUAUCCACCAACGAA